AAAUUCCUCCGUGUCUAAGGUUAGGUUUAUGGAAUCCUCCAUUCUGGAUGCAGAAGAAUUCCUCUUACUGGUUGCUGUACCUUACCUUAAUCGUGAGAAUAUGAUCACACGGAAACAACCAAUCACAGCAAAGCUGGCUCUGAAAAUGUUUAACUGUCUGGGUCAGCAGAGGUGUUGUGAAAAUAUUUCUCAUCCCUUCGUCAUUUUGUUGUGCCUCUGUGAGAUGUUACAAGAGUGUGAACAUUUUUGGGACCGUGAGUGUAGAAAGGAUUGUAUGAAGCAGGACAUCAUAACGGCCAUGGGUUACCUGCCCUUGGAUGAUCCUCUGACUGCUAAAGAUCCUGCAUUGGUAUGGUUCAAACAUCACCUGUCCAACUUUGACUUACCUGUGGUUUUAAGGUUGAGGACGGUGCUUGGAAUGGAUGAUGACCAAUGUUUACAGGUGAUAGCGACUCAGUUGUGGGUAGGGGAGCAGAUAGAGGGCACAGUUGCAGAGACAAAAGGAGAUAACCAGUACAGAUCAGCAUUUGAGUUCUCUGCUAUUGACGAUGGCUGUCUCCAGUUCUCCCUGCAUGCCAUAUCACAGAAUGCGAGACACUUCACGUUUGACUGGAACGAGAUUGUGGCAUCCUUAGCUCAGGUAUUACCAGACUUGUUGCACAGCGAAUGGCUACAUGUGAUGACAGUUUGUGAACAUCUACUCACCUCCAGCAGGUUGAUUCUCCUCACCCACACCUCUACCUACACAACCUCCAGUCCUUGUGUUAACCUGACAGAUAUUAAAGUCCCAUUAGGUGUUGCACAACUAUUGACUGAUGCUUGUAUGGUGUGGAACCAAUCAAAAACCUUGACAGAUACUGCCUGGGUGUUUGUAGCACAGGGAUUGGCUACAGUCAUCAGGGAAAUUUGUUUGGUUGAUCCAAAGCUGGAGGACAGUGUGAACUCUCGCACAUAUCUACUGGCUCAGAUCUUCUGCCAGAUGUGCCAUGUGAUGAGCGUCCUCCCUCUGCAGGCCUGUGACCAUGUGUACUUGGUAAUGCUGCAAACCCUCAACAUUUACAAAGGAGUGAAGAUGCAGUGUAGAACAUCCAGCUCACCUGGGGAUUGGCGAGCGUACUUUUACAUCUGUCAGAACCUGGAGAUGAGCAUGCUUGAUGUACUGAAGCGCUAUGUGAAGGAGGAAAUGACAGAAAAGUCAAACCUUGAGAGACAGAUGGAGGAAAUCCUUGAGAUAAACCGUGGUAUCUGAAUUUUAGUUUGGGUGUCUGCCCAUUUAUAGUGAGGCCAUGGAUAUGUCAGUGUUUAACCAUUGUGUCAUGGAGACAUGGUACCCUGUAAGACCCUAGAGGCACAAUAGAUACAGUUUUAUC